UUGGUUCAUUCAUUACAUGAACUAUGAUCUGAUAAACAAACUAGGUAGAGCGCAUACAAGAACCAAAAUGAUAAUUCUGGUUAAGAUAGAAAGUCAAACAAGGUGAUCCUCUAUCUCUAAACCUAUCUAUAAGGUUUUAGGCGACGUCGAAAACAAGAACACCCUUCAGCCACCGGGAAACAAGCACUUGGAAGUUGAAAACUUUAGACGACAAACGUACGAUACCACAGCUUUUGUCGUUUCGCCUCCUUCUCUAAACCUCUGCGCUUGGAAAUCUAUGUACGUAUCAAACUAUCUAAUCUUUGUCGUCCACCAAUCCCACAUCCUAUUUUUGCUUUGAGGCCUCCCCUGGUUUUCCUGACGCCACUGAAACGGCGCCGUCGUAUAUGAAACCCAAACCAACUCCUAUUAGUUCCUUUGUUUGAUGCUAGAAAUCCCCAGAAACCAAAAAUAUAUUAACGAAGGUGCAGAGUUUGUGUCAAAGUUUCGAGCAACAUGGGUCUGAUUGGUGCGCUGCAUGAGAUUUUGGAGAUGGUGAAAAUAGAGUACACCGACUUUGUGAUGCUUCUGGGUCCUUUGUGGACGGCUUUUCUUAUUGGUAUUGUGAUUGGUUGGGCGUGGAAGCCAAAGUGGGCAACAUUUGGUCAGGAAAAACUGAACUCCUCUGUUUCUAAAGCCUUGGAUUUGUCAUCCAUGCCUACUUCUCCGGCUAGGUCUGUGAUGUCACCACCACUAAAAGGGUUCUCAUCAGCACCGUGCUUGUUCCAGGGCUAUGAAGCUUGGAUUAUUAACAAUGCAGUUCAUAAUGCUGUGCAGAAGAGGCUUUCUCCCUCACCUAUCGAAUUUGAUGACCAGAGUACAUCGCAGAUGAAUGAGAAGAAGUCUGAUGUGGUGGCUCAGGAGGAUGUAGAACAUCUAUGUCAGCUUGUUGAUAUGAAAGAUGGAGGUCCGAGUUGGAUACAUAUGAUGGAUCGUUCGACUCCAACUAUGACUUGUCAAGUUUGGCGUAGGGAUCCCAAGAUUGGUCCUCCUCAAUAUCGUAGCAGGACUGUGUAUGAGGAUGUAACACCGGAGCUAGUGAGGGACUUUUUCUGGGAUGAUGAGUUCCGGUUAAAGUGGGAUGACAUGCUUAGUGAGGCCACGACCUUAGAUGAGUGCCCAACCACAGGAACAAUGGUUGUUCAGUGGAUAAAAAAGUUCCCUUUCUUCUGUAAAGACAGAGAAUACAUAAUAGGACGGCGAAUUUGGGAGUCAGGAAGGUUGUAUUAUUGUGUGACAAAGGGAGUACCCUAUCCUUCUAUUCCAAGGCAUGACAAACUAAGACGUGUGGAUAACUACUACUCAAGUUGGUGCAUUCAAGCAGCUGAAUCAAGACACGACAAUGGCCAGCUCAGUGCAUGUGAAGUUCAACUGUUUCAUCAAGAGGAUAUGGGGAUCCCAUGGGAAAUCGCAAAACUUGCUGUACGAAAAGGAAUGUGGGAUACUGUAAAGAACAUAGAGUCUGGUUUACGUGCUUACCAGAAACAAAGAGCGUUAGGGGGGAUAAUUUCUCGGCCUGCCUUUAUGGCGCAAAUCAACACCAAAAUAAGUCUAGAGUAUCUGAAAGCUUCCGCUGGCACCGAGGUUUCAUCACAAACUGCAGUGGUGACUGCAUCUGAUGACAAGCCUUUCGGUGGGAACAUACGAAAUCUCAUAAUAAUUGGUGGGAGUAUUCUUCUUGCAUGCACUCUUGACCGGGGGUAUCUGGUAAAGACAAUAAUAUCCGGUGUGGCCAAUAAGUUCGGAAAUGUGGGGAAGAAAUCAAAACCAAAGUGAUUGGAUCUAAUCCAAGAAGUAUUGACAGGUAUUCAGUAAUCUGCAUCCUGAUAAUUCCCUUUUCCGAGUUUUCAACAGGAUACAAAGAGCACACUAGUGUAGUACCAUAAACCCUCGUCUUACUAGAGAAAGAGGAGAGGUUAUUCUUUAGUUGAAUAACUAAUAAAGCAUAUGAACCCUAGAGUUGUUGUAUCCAGAAUAUGGUGACAUUUUGUAGCUGUAUAUACAUAAACAGAUAUUCUUUAGGUUUCCACACUGCUGAAUUAGGCACUUCAGAUUGGGAACUAUCAGAAACAGAGUUCAAGUCUCGUUGCUUAUGUUAGUCUUAUUUUCACACUGGCUUCUUCUAGAUUUAAUCAAUACUGAACUAGAUGGAGUUUCCUUGCUCAUAGUAUGUGAAUUUAUUGUGGUUUUUCGUAUUUGUAAUGGGAAUCUCAAUCAUAAUAGAAGGAAUUGUAAUCCACCGAUGGUUGUAUAUGUUGAGAAUAACAAUGUUAGUUGACAGAUGAAUGACAACAAGGAAAGAUAAGAGAUGAAUUCCUCAUGA